AUGUUUUUAACUCCCUUCCUUGCUCGCCCAGGUUGCUUUUCCUUAAUGCCCUCGUGCUCUGAAGCUUUUAGACCCAAUUCGGCUGCCGUAGGGCAAGACGGCAAGAUGGCGGCCUCCGCUUUUGUCGGUGCUGUGAGAGCGGCUUCAGGAAUCCUACGGCCCCUGAAUAUUUUGGCAUCUUCAGCCUAUCGAAACUGCUCCAAGAAUACCUGUCUUAGUUCUGCACUGUCAUCCCGACACUUCAGUCAUAUUCAGACACUGGUUGUGUCUUCUGCUCCCAGACUGAUCACGUCUGUCAGAAACCUGACAUGUGGGCAGACUGCCACAGUCCUCAAUAGAGUUGCCCCCUUGCUCCCAAAUGUCCUGAAACCACCAGUCAGAACUGUAACAUACUACAGUUCAAGAAAAGGCAAGAGGAAGACUGUGAAAGCUGUCGUCUAUAGGUUUCUUCGACUUCAUUCUGGCCUGUGGCUAAGGAGGAAGGCUGGUUAUAAGAAAAAAUUAUGGAAAAAGACAGUUGCAAGAAAAAGACGCUUGAGGGAAUUUGUCUUCUGCAAUAAAACCCAGAGUAAGCUCUUAGAUAAAAUGACGACAUCUUUCUGGAAGAGGCGAAACUGGUAUGCUGACGAUCCUUACCAGAAGUACCAUGACCGAACAAACCUGCAAGUAUAGGUCAGAAGUGUACGAUUCCCCAGCUGCUGAAUAUGUAUCUUGGUGUAUAUGAUGUCUUUGUGAAGAUGAUGUAGUAUAUGACAUGAUGUAAAUUGUACCAACUGAUGGAAACGUGCAGUAUCAACAUUAAACUUAUCAACGUU